UCAUACUCGUAGUAUCCGCCACUAGCCCCACCUUGCCGCCAUUGAUUCCUAUAAAUUCAUCGCUCGCCGCCUCUAAGAGAGUCGAAGAGAGAUCCGUGAUGGGCGAUAGCGAAGUAGAGGAGCGAAGCGCCGAGCAGUUGGUCCCCGCCGACGCCGCCCGGGAUGACUCGCCGCCGGCGUUCUCCUCCGGAAAGGAGCUCCGCCGCUACGACUCCCUCGACCUCGAGGCCGGCUCCGUCUCCUCCUCCCACCCCCACCACUUCUCCAAGGGGACGAAUAAGGACUGGGGAACGGUGAUGAGGCUGGCGUUUCAGAGCGUGGGGAUCGUGUACGGGGACAUCGGGACGUCUCCGCUGUACGUGUAUGCGAGCACGUUUACGGGGGGAAUACGGCAUGAGGACGAUAUCCUAGGCGUUCUCUCCCUCAUCUUCUAUACCAUCACCCUCAUCACCUUGGUCAAGUACGUCUUCAUCGUCCUCCGUGCCAACGAUAACGGCGACGGAGGCACCUUCGCACUCUAUUCGUUGAUCUGUCGAUAUGCAAAGGUGGGGUUGUUACCAAGUCAGCAACCAGAAGAUGGAGAGGUGUCCAAUUAUAAGCUAGAUCUGCCCAGCAACAAACGCCAUCAGCGUGCCUCUAAGAUAAAAGCGGUACUCGAGAACAGUCCGUUCGCCAAAUAUUUUCUCUUGGUGGCAACCAUGCUUGGGACUUCUAUGGUCAUUGGGGACGGAGUCCUCACUCCCUGCAUCUCAGUUUUAUCUGCGGUAGGCGGGAUAAAGGAGGCUACAGACGCCAUGACCGAAGAUAGAAUCGUCCUGAUAUCAGUCAUCAUCCUGGUCUGUCUAUUCCUAGUUCAGAGGUUCGGAACUGAUAAGGUGGGUUACUCCUUUGCUCCCAUCAUCACCGUGUGGUUCCUCCUCAUUGCCAUCAUAGGCGUCUUCAACUUCGUCAAGUAUGAUCCAUGGGUGGUCAAGGCCAUCAACCCCAAGUACAUCAUCGAUUACUUCAAAAGAAAUGGGAAAACAGCCUGGAUUUCUCUAGGUGGCGUCGUUCUUUGCAUCACAGGUGUGGAAGCAUUAUUUGCAGACGUGGGACACUUCACAGUCCGUUCUGUUCAAAUAAGCAUGUGUUCGGUGGCUUUCCCAUCCCUUGUCUUAGCAUACACUGGUCAAGCCUCCUACCUACGCAAGCAUAUGGAAGACGUUAGCGACACCUUCUACAAGUCAAUACCUGGUGGACUCUACUGGCCUAUGUUUGUGGUGGCAAUCCUAGCUGCUGUCAUCGCCAGCCAGGCUAUGAUCUCCGGCACCUUCUCUAUCAUCCAACAAUCCCUCUCACUUGGCUGCUUUCCACGUGUGAAAGUAGUCCACACCUCAGCUAAGCACGAGGGGCAGGUGUACAUCCCUGAAAUAAACUAUAUUCUCAUGCUUGCAUGCGUUGCAGUGACCGCCAGCUUCAAAACCACUGAAAAGAUCGGCAAUGCCUAUGGAAUUGCUGUUGUCUUCGUCAUGACCCUUACUUCAGCUCUGCUAACACUCAUCAUGAUAAUGAUUUGGAAGACUCACAUCAUCCUCAUAAUUCUAUACAUAAUUGUGAUAGGAUCGGUUGAGCUCGUCUACUUGAGUUCGGUGCUAUACAAAUUCGAUCAAGGUGGUUACCUGCCAUUGGCCUUCGCUGCCUUCUUAAUCACAACAAUGCUCGUGUGGAACUACGUCUACCGGAAAAGAUACAUGUAUGAAUUAUCUCACAAGGUUCCGAGCGAGAAGGUGGAGGAGAUAGUUUUGAAUUCUGGUGUUCGGCGCAUCCCGGGAAUUGCCUUCUUCUACUCAGAGCUUGUGCAAGGGGUUCCUCCAAUAUUUGAGCAUUAUGUUGCAAAUGUGCCGGCUUUGCACUCUGUUCUUGUCUUUGUUUCCAUUAAGUCACUACCGAUCAGCCGAGUUCCGGCGGAGGAGCGAUUUUUAUUCCGUCGAAUGGGGUCUCAUGAUUGCUACGUGUUUCGGUGUGUUGCGAGGUAUGGCUACAAGGAUGCAAGAAGCGAACAAGAGCCCUUUGAUGCAACGCUGGUGCAGAGGUUGAAGGAGUUCAUGGAGGAAUCAUGGAAGGCAAGGAUACUUGGGAAUGGUAGUGAUGAAGGUGCAGCAAGAGUGGUGGAUGGUGGUGAGAAGAGGGAGACGGAGGAAGUAUUGCUGGGUAGGGAGUUGGAACUGGUGGAGAGGGAAUGGAGGCAUGGAGUCGUCCAUUUGUUAGGAGAGAACGAGGUGGUUGCUGCAAAGGGGGCUGGCUUGUGGAAGAGGUUUGUGAUAGACUAUGCUUAUGGCAUCUUGAAAAGAAAUAUAAGGCAGCAAAAUGAAGUGUUUACUAUUCCUAGGGGGCAGCUACUGAAGGUUGGAAUGACCAUCGAGCUCUAAAGAGAGGAGUUUUAGAUGGAAUGUUAUAUAACAAGUACCCACCCCCAUCUCAAUGUCUUUUUUCUUUUUUUCUUUUUCUUUUCUUAUCAAGGUUAAGUUUUAUAUCGCAAUCCUUGUAUUUCAAAUAGCAAUCUUAGUGAUGGUUACUUUCUUUAUUGCAA